UCAGUCUAGAAUUUAUGUCUGACUCAGGACGAACUGAAGCAUUAAAUCUGAGGUAGAGGCACGAGAUGAAGUUUGCAAAAGUGGCUUGAUAGGGAAUGAUAACCGUACUCAUCAAAGCUACACGUAAAAGUAAAGAUAAGUUAUUUUCCCUCUUUUGCCGUUUGCAAAGCAACAUGUCUGAGGAAUUACUACAGAGAGUGAGAGACCUGGAAGGAGAGGUGGAGAGACUGAAGGCACAGCUGAGAGAAACGGUCAAGGAAGGAACUGGGGAUGAGAUGGAGGUGUCAACCAACUCUGAUGGAAAGAAGGAUAACAGCAAGCCUGAUGCUGGUGGCAGGAAAAAGGGUGAAAAAAGGAGUCGGGACCGACCGUUUGAUUUCUCUGCCCAUCCUCGGCGCCAUGUUGCACUCCGCUUGGCCUACCUGGGCUGGGCCUAUCAGGGCUUUGCUGUCCAGGAGAACACCGACAACACUGUGGAAGCCCGGCUCUUCGAGGCUCUUCUGAAGACUCGACUGAUCCAGGAUCGCCAGAGUUCUAACUAUCAUCGUUGUGGCCGCACUGACAAAGGAGUCAGUGCCUUUUCCCAGGUCAUGUCCAUAGACUUGCGCUCCACUCAGUUUUGUGGAGGCCUAGGAGUGACCCUCCCGUCCAAUGUCGAUGCUGGUGUCAAGAACAAAGCGGAUGUGGCGGAGCUACCGUAUGUGAAGAUGCUGAACAGAGUCCUGCCCCAGGACAUCAGGAUUCUUGACUGGUCACCUGCUGCGGAGGGCUUCAGUGCGCGCUUCGACUGUCAGUCUAGGACUUACCGGUACUACUUCCCACGCGGGGCUCUGGAUGUAGCGUUGAUGGCAGAGGCUGCCAAACACUACGAGGGCACUCACGACUUCCGCAACCUGUGCAAGAUGGACGUGGGCAACGGAGUGCUGCAGUUCCAGAGGACCAUCCUGUCUGCCACGGUCCAGCCUGUCCAUCAAACUUCCCCUACUAUGCCCACUACCACAGACCCAUACGACCUCUUCAUAUUUGAGAUCAAAGGACUGGCCUUCCUCUAUCACCAGGUGCGCUGCAUGAUGGCAGUGCUGCUGCUGAUUGGCCAGAAGCUGGAGGCCCUAGAGAUAGUGGAUCAACUCCUGGAUGUGAAGACGAAUCCCAGGAAACCUCAAUAUAGCAUGGCGGUGGACUUUCCCCUGGUGCUGUUCGACUGCCAUUUUGAGGGGUUGAGCUGGCGCAGGGAGGCUGAGGAGGCAAAACACACCCUGGCCACGCUGAAGCAACACUGGACCCAGACAGCAGUAAAGACCCAGGUCAUCCACGGCAUGAUCCAAGGUCUAGAGAGCACAGGUGGGACCUCCUCUCCCCAUUGCUGGCUGAUGGAAGGUACCAAACAGAGGACCUAUCGGCCCUUGCUUGAGCGUCCACGCUGCGAGAGCCUGGAGUCCAGGAUAGAACACUUUGUUAAAAGAGGCAGGCUUGAACGAGAAGAAGGGGAAAAUGGUGAUGAAACGGUACACAAGGGCAAAAGGUCGAAGCACUCGCACAACGCCUCAGUCCGUCUGUCCUCCCCAACGUGUCAUCGUCCUUCUGACCCCAGCGCCAAUCCGAAACCACAAGAUUGACACCAGCUAGAGAAAUUGGACUUGUCAUAUAAUAUUGACUGAAUUCUUAAUGCUGUUAUUUUACUUUUAGCUUUUUUUAUGGAGCGGAGAAACAAUUGUAGGUUUAUUUGUUAGUCUCUGGAAUAAAUCAAUUUGAGAUUCAUCCUAAAGGGUUGAAUUUUACUCAAAUAUAGAUGUGCCUCAUUUAAAGUGUGUAAUGUAAAACUUGGAUAGGGAAAUAAAAUAACCUUUAAUCAUUGAA